UGAUCAACAAUUAUAGCCAAAUAAAUAAAAGAGCAAGGCGAAACUAAUAGAAAGCCAAGACGGUUCCCCAAUAUUUCUUCUUCUUGAAAACCCAGCAACUGUUUACCAAAAAGAUUUUAUAUAUUGCCUUGUUUCUUUCUUUGUUUUUGGGGUUUUGCAAAAAAUGGCAACAAGUAGGAUCUUUUUUGGUUCAAAACCAAGAUAUAUCUACCCAACUAUGGAAUUUGAUGAUGGGAAUCUCAUCAACAACCCUUCAUUUGAUCAUCAUCAUCAUCAUCAUCUGCUGGAGUUCGAUGAGGUGGAUGUAUGGAACAAUUCAAAUGAUCAAGCAACAACCAACUUAGAAGCCAAAAAGCCAUUGCCAAGUUACCGAGCUUCCUCUAAGAAAGCUUUCAAAAAGAAGGAGUUUCAGAUUAGCGAUAAUAAUAACCAUAGGAGUGCCCAAAUGACUGCUGCUUCUGCUUCAUUGCCGGUCAACAUCCCUGACUGGUCCAAGAUUCUCAAAGCGGAGUACAGGGAACAUGGGAAGACCGAUGAAGAUGCUGUCGACGGCGAAGACGACGGUGAUCGCGACGGAAGGGUUCCACCGCAUGAGUACUUGGCUAGGAGACGAGGAGCUUCCUUUUCUGUCCAUGAAGGAAUUGGAAGGACUUUGAAAGGAAGAGAUUUGCGUCGUGUUAGGAAUGCUGUCUGGAAAAAAACAGGUUUUGAAGAUUAACCCACAACAUCAUCAAACAACAACCCAGGUUUAUUUCUUCUUCUUCUUUUUUUCAAUUUCUUUUUUCUUAGAGUAAGAAUUGGCAAAUUUUUAAUUGCCAUAUAUAUAAUUACAUAUAUAUAAACUUUAUCCUCUGAUUUUCAGUGUUUUGAGAGUCAUCAGAGGAUUUGUUUUUGUUUUUGGGAUGAUGUAAUUAUUCAAGCUUUGAGAUUGUUAGCAGAUCUCUAUGAUAAAUUUUUUUUUUGGUAAGUUUAGCCCCCUUUUUUGGGUUAUUUCUAUUAAUUACGGAAAUUAAAUUCAAAUAAAUUGUGGAUGAUGAUGAUGAUGAUGAUUUAAUCUCA